AGGGAUUGCUAGUUCCACGACAGGUCACAGCUGCUGAGCUGGAGCUCGUACAGUAAACUCGAAAGGACUACCGCGGUCGUCUCCUGAAUCACCAUGUCUAUGGAACCGAACUAUGGGCCCCUACACGAAAGAGCAUCUUUUCGCCAAGCUGUACCAUCAAGAUUUCUAUUCGACCCUAAGCACUCUGUCCUCGACUCAUCUGUCAAAGAGGCAUCAUCCUUUUCUUCGGCCUUCAUCGAAGUAAGGGACAUUGAGGAGGGUGAUGAUAACGGGACUAGUACAAUGAUGAUGGCAGGCUCAAGGCGGAGUAAUGCGGCAUCAAGAACCGUGCGAGUCGCUGCUGCAAUGCAAACCAGCGCGGAUGGAUAUCCUGGGGCCACAGUCUUACCACCUUCGCAUGGGAAUUCGAACCUGUCAGAGGGCACAGAGCAUAUUUUGAUAGCUGCUGGGUCUAUCGGAGCCACGAUUUUUCUUGUUCUGGCCAUAUAUGCGAUUUACUCAAUGCGCAAGCGGAACUUGAGUUUCCAAGACCUCCUCAGGGCCAAGACGUGGACAGACCGAAGCUUAGAUAAUGACUCAAUCAAGUUCACGCAGCAUGGUUAUCAGUACGAGAUCGAAGGAGCUUAUUCCAAGAGCCUACCAGUCUCGCCUCCCGAAUCUGUGCUAAGUCAUCCAAGCAAUGCUUCGAUUCGGCCCUUAGUCAAUCCACGCGGUGUAUGCACAUAUCAAUCGAGUCAUAGAGAUAGCGAAAGGUCACGUCUUCGUGAAGAGAGGGAGGAAAUCAGAGACGACGUACACCCUCUACCAACUCAGAUUCCGCUAGCUCGUACAGCUGACCAUAGGCACACAAGGACCAGCUCUGAUGGUUCUGAUACAUACAUCAUACAAUCACAAGAGGAACCUGCACCCGAUUUCGGCCGGUCUCCACAAACCUUCAAGCAAUUCAUCGCCAACCGACGCAUUAGCGCGGCACCCCUAAAAUCCUCACAUUUCAGCUGGAACACAUCCCAGGCUGCUCAGACUCCUAAAGAUCACGAUUUCAAUCGCAUGUCUGGAUCAACUUUCCGGUCAACUGGCCCACGAUUCAAGACAGUGGAGAGCUGGGUCAACUCUCAGUCAAACAGGGUUGAAGCUCAACGGUUGCAGCAGAAUCUCGCUGAGAGGCAGGAGGAGCGUGAUAGGCCACACGUGCCAGACGUACCAAAGCAGUAUCGCGGGCCUACACAUACCCGAGACCUCUCACGACAGACUACCAAGAGUGAUGCAACAGUCUUCAGACAUCAUCCAGGGACAGAAGUUCAAAUACCUCGAGCCAGCCUCGUACCGAGUGAGAUACUGGAUAGCAAGACGAGGCCACCAUCGCUGUGAGACACAGCCUCGUAGGAGAUAAUGAC